UCAGAGAGCGGAAAGAUGUCUGGCUUCCUUGAGAGCCUGAGGUGCUCGGAGUGCGUGGACUGGGGAGAGAAGCGGAACACGAUCGCCUCCAUUGCCGCAGGAGUGCUCUUUUUUACAGGUUGGUGGAUAAUCAUAGAUGCAGCUGUAAAAUACCCUGAAGUGGAAGAAUUCAAUCAUUCAUACCAUGCUUGUGGGGUUAUAGCCACUAUUGCGUUCCUGAUGAUCAAUGCAGUGUCUAACGGACAAGUUCGGGGCGACAGUUACAGUGAAGGCUGUCUAGGACAAACAGGUGCACGGAUUUGGCUAUUCAUUGGUUUUAUGAUGGCUUUUGGAUCUCUGAUUGCUUCCAUGUGGAUCCUUUUUGGAGGCUACGUUGUCAAAGAAAAAGCAGUAGUGGGCCCAGGAAUAGCUGUGUUUUUCCAGAAUGCAUUCAUCUUUUUUGGCGGACUGGUCUUCAAAUUUGGUCGCACGGAAGACUUGUGGCAAUGAACACCCCUCUGGAAUUGCAUUGGCCAUGUCAUUUUUUUAACUGCACACUCCCAGAAUUUUGUAAAACCAUUUUGUAAACAGUAACCUUCAAUCGUGUCUAAAGAUAAAAAAGGAAAAUUUAAAUCA